AUGUCGAACAUUACCACUACUCUGGUUGGAGCUGCUACAAAGCUGAUAGAGACGAUCAAUAUCGAUAUCCAGUUGGUUAUAAUGAUGGUAACCUUUGCAUGGUCCCCUCUGGGGGUUGAAUGGAUGCGCCAGCGAGCGCGGCUGGGCUUCAUCAUCUCGCAUCCCUCACAAAUCCCAGCAACGUUAUGCACAUGCUGCUGGUGUCGUCUCUGGAUAUUCAUAGCAGCAAAUCCAGUCAACCCAUGGGCCAGGCCGGCCAUGAUCGAUGCAUCAGUUCAAGUGAAUAUACCGUUACCAAAUGGCGAGGAAAGAGCCACCAUGAUACUCCAAGCUGUAAUUGCAGAAGCUAGUGAGGCAUACUAUCUGCCGUCAGACUCUCCAACUUCUUCUCGGUCUCAAUCGCCCUCAGUCUCAUCAGAUCGCCCUACAAAUCUGGCUCAUAAGCCAGUAGUCCCGCCCCGACAGCGCACUCAGGUUAUCCAGUUAGUCAAGUACUAG